AAUUUUAUUGUUUAAUGUAAUUAUUUUAAAUUGUUUAUUGUUUGUUUGUCUUUUUUAUUAAUUUAAUUUAACAAUGGAGCGUUAUAGUCAUUUACAAGCAAUGCCCAAUUCCCCCUUAACCCCUUUAACACCGCUGAGCGAAAAUACAAAAUUUGAGUUUAACUUUGGUGGUGAUGGUUCCCUGGACAUGUAUAUUGAUAGUGUACGUCAGGAACAUCGUGUGGAACAACAACAAAAGAAACUUUUACAACAGGCCAAUAGAAUAUUUCAUAAAAAAGGAUGCCCAUUACAGCCUAAAAGAUAUUCAGAAGAAUUCCUUAAAAUACGAGAUGUUUUCGAGUCUCAUGAGCAGGAGAACAGUAAAGGUCAAGUGAGACCACAAAUUUGCUAUAGAAAUUGUGGUCACAGCAAGGAACAACAACUACAACAGCAUCAAUCUAAUUAUAAUGUAACACCUAAGGCUGCCACUGUGAAAAUAACACAUACUGGAGCUACGCCUACUCCUAAAAAGGGUGGCCAUGUUAUAAGUUUAGAUUAUGCAGCCACGCCUACAAAUGUGCGCACCCCUCUUAAGCCAAGAAAUCAUAAUGUACCGCAAAAUAUUCAUUCAAAAUCGUUUCAUAAUCUACAACAGCAAAAAUUGCAACAAAAAUGUUUACAUAUAAUACAACAACAACAACAGCAGCAACAAAACCAGCAACAACAACAACUACAUCAUCACCAACAACACCAUCUUCAACCUCAACAACAAAAUCGUAAUUUUCGCCAGGCCUCUCCGGUCGCCGCCAAACCUCUAUGUCCACAGGUAGCAAAAAUUCUACAACAACGUGGUCUUUCCAUGUACUGUGGCCUCUUUCAAAGGGAAGAAAUUGAUUUGUUUACUUUUCAUUUGCUUAAGCUCCAAGAUCUUCAACAGAUGGGCAUAACAAAUCAAAAACAUUGUGCUAUACUAUUGCACGAUAUCUACUAUGCUGGACAAUAUUUUUAAAUUUAGAAUGAUUUUAGUGAAAUUUUUAUAUUUAUUAUUUUAAUUAAAAUGUCUAAAGAGUAUUAUGUUUUAUGUGAAAUUGUUUGUCUUUUUGUAAGUUUAGUUAAAAAAUUUAAGAGUAUUCGUUUUAAGAAACUUAAUGUUGUGAUUGUAAUUUUGUUUUUUUAAUAAAAAAUAACAAUAAAUU